AUUCACAUUCACAUUCCAUUGCUCAUGCGCUUACAUAUCUAACAAACAUCGAUCACUGGCACACACAGCUUACGGCAAUCAACAAUGGCAGGGGGUCAGACAAUGAGCUGGGAGGAUCUCAAGAAGGAGAACGUCGAUCUUGAGACUGUUCCCAUUGAAGAGGUUUUUGAAACACUGAAAUGCAGCAGAGAGGGAUUAUCGAGUGAAGAAGGGAAUAAGAGGCUUCAAAUCUUUGGCCCGAACAAGCUUGAAGAGAAGAAGGAAAGCAAAUUCCUCAAGUUCUUAGGGUUCAUGUGGAAUCCUUUGUCAUGGGUCAUGGAGGCUGCAGCUAUCAUGGCUAUUGUCUUGGCCAACGGAGGGGGAAAGCCCCCAGAUUGGCAAGAUUUCGUUGGAAUCACCACAUUGCUUAUCAUCAACUCCACAAUCAGUUUCAUCGAGGAAAACAAUGCAGGCAACGCUGCAGCAGCUCUAAUGGCAGGUCUUGCGCCCAAGGCGAAGGUGAUAAGGAAUGGAAAAUGGGAUGAAGAAGAAGCCGCCAUUCUUGUACCUGGUGACAUCAUUAGCGUGAAGCUUGGUGACAUCAUCCCAGCCGAUGCUCGUCUCCUUGAAGGAGAUCCUUUAAAAAUCGAUCAAUCUGCAUUGACUGGUGAAUCAUUACCAGUCACCAAGCAUCCAGGUGAUAGCGUCUACUCCGGUUCAACCUGCAAACAGGGUGAGAUUGAAGCUGUUGUUAUUGCCACCGGAGUUCACACCUUCUUCGGAAAGGCCGCUCACUUAGUCGAUAGCACAAAUCAAGUCGGCCAUUUCCAAAAGGUUUUGACCGCCAUUGGUAACUUCUGCAUCUGCACAAUUGCAAUUGGUCUCGUAAUCGAAAUAGUGGUGAUGUACCCAAUCCAGAAACGAACUUACAGAAAUGGAAUCGACAACUUGUUGGUCCUUCUCAUCGGAGGAAUCCCAAUUGCGAUGCCAACAGUUUUGUCAGUCACCAUGGCCAUCGGAUCCCACAAGUUGUCGGAGCAAGGCGCUAUCACCAAGAGAAUGACUGCCAUUGAAGAACUGGCAGGGAUGGAUGUUCUCUGCAGUGACAAAACCGGAACUCUCACUUUGAAUAAACUCACAGUCGACAAAACCCUAAUUGAGGUCUUCGCAAAGGAUUGUGACAAGGAUACAGUGAUUCUAAUGGGUGCAAGAGCUUCAAGAGUCGAGAAUCAAGAUGCAAUCGAUGCUUGUAUUGUGAACAUGCUUGGAGAUGCUAAGGAGGCACGUGCAGGGAUCACUGAGAUUCAUUUCCUUCCAUUCAAUCCAGUUGAUAAACGAACAGCAAUCACAUAUAUCGAUCAAAACGGAAACUGGCACAGAGCCAGCAAAGGUGCACCUGAGCAGAUUGUCGAGCUCUGCAACCUAAAAGGCGAUGAAAGCAAAAAAGUCUUCAACAUCAUCGAUAAAUUCGCCGAACGUGGUCUUCGUUCUCUUGCCGUUUCCCAACAGACCGUACCGGAGAAAAAUAAAGAGAGCCCCGGCGGACCAUGGGUGUUUGUCGGUCUAUUGCCGCUAUUUGACCCACCAAGGCACGACAGUGCUGAAACCAUCCGCCGUGCCCUCCACCUUGGUGUCAAUGUGAAGAUGAUCACCGGCGAUCAGUUAGCCAUCGGAAAGGAAACCGGGCGGAGACUUGGAAUGGGAACCAACAUGUACCCCUCUUCCUCCCUCCUCGGCCAACACAAAGAUGCUUCCAUGGCUACUAUCGCAGUCGAAGAGCUAAUCGAGAAGGCCGACGGGUUUGCCGGAGUCUUCCCUGAACAUAAGUACGAGAUUGUGAAGAAGCUACAAGAGAGGGAACACAUCGUCGGGAUGACCGGAGACGGUGUGAACGAUGCACCUGCCCUAAAACGUGCCGACAUCGGUAUCGCAGUCGCCGACGCAACCGACGCCGCUCGUGGUGCAUCCGACAUCGUUUUGACCGAGCCAGGGCUGAGUGUGAUUGUGAGCGCGGUGUUGACCAGUCGAGCCAUCUUCCAGAGAAUGAAAAACUACACAAUCUACGCAGUCUCCAUCACCAUCCGUAUCGUUCUAGGUUUCAUGCUCAUCGCUCUUAUCUGGCGUUUUGAUUUCUCACCUUUCAUGGUUCUCAUCAUCGCCAUCCUCAACGACGGAACCAUCAUGACUAUUUCCAAGGACAAAGUCAAACCUUCCCCGUUGCCGGAUUCAUGGAAAUUGAAAGAAAUCUUCGCCACCGGAGUUGUUCUCGGAACCUACAUGGCUGUCAUGACUGUAAUUUUCUUCUGGCUAGCAAAGGAAUCCGACUUCUUCACUGAGAAAUUUGGUGUUCAUCCGAUCAAAGAUAACGAAUUCGAGCUUAUGUCAGCGCUUUACCUCCAAGUUAGUAUCGUCAGCCAAGCACUCAUCUUCGUCACCAGGUCAAGGAGCUGGUCUUUCGUUGAACGUCCCGGGUUUUUACUACUCAUUGCCUUUUUCAUCGCUCAAAUGAUUGCUACACUCAUCGCGGUUUACGCUAAGUGGGAUUUCGCAAGAGUGAGUGGAGUCGGGUGGGGAUGGGGUGGUGUGAUUUGGUUAUAUAGCAUCGUCACCUACUUUCCUUUGGAUAUUUUGAAAUUUAUCAUUCGAUUCGCCUUGAGCGGCAAGGCAUGGAACAAUAUGAUCCAAAACAAGACUGCUUUCACCUCCAAGAAGGAUUACGGACGUGGCGAAAGGGAAGCACAAUGGGCUACAGAUCAACGCACAAUGCACGGUCUCCAAGCACCCGAUGCCACCGAGGUUCUAAAAGGCAAGAGCGACUAUAGGGAGUUGUCGGAGCUUGCAGAACAAGCAAAGAGGCGAGCUGAAGUGGCCAGGUUGAGGGAGCUUCAUACAUUGAAGGGACAUGUUGAAUCGGUUGUGAAGCUGAAGGGACUUGAUAUCGAGACGAUUCAACAACACUACACGGUUUAAGUGGAUGGGAACACAUUUUUGGACAAGAUAAAUAAGAAUUAGGAAAACAUGAUUUUGCAGAAGGUUUGUUUAUCGUGGCGGAUCGCUAUUGAGAUGUGCGAAUAAGCCAGUAGACGAGAACGGGCUAUACCCGAUUCGUAGUUGGCAGAACAAUGAUGUAUUCAAUUUCAUGUUCUUUUUUUGAUUAUUACAUUGUAUUUACAUAUUCCAUCUCAAUUAAUUAUUUUCAUUGAAUAUCCGUAU